AUGGAUAAAAUUUUUCAACCUCAUCUUAGAAAAUUUAUUUUGGUAUUCUUUGAUGAUAUCCUUAUCUACAGUCCUUCAUUGGAGGACCAUCUCAUUCACUUACAAGCCACUUUACAGAUUCUCAGAGACAAUAAGCUGUUUGCCAACUUCUCCAAAUGUUGUUUUGGGCAGUAUGAAAUGGAGUAUUUGGGACAUAUUGUUACUGCUAAUGGGGUUAAGGAUGAUCCAGCUAAAUUUUCUGCAAUGAUAGAUUGGAUUACACCUACCACUGUAAAGGCAUUGAGAGUUUUUCUUGGUUUGACAAGUUAUUAUAGAAAGUUUGUUAAGUAUUAUGGCCUUAUAUGUAGACCUUUAACUGAUCUGCUGAAGAAGGAUUCUUUUCACUGGUCUCUUGCUGCCACUGCUGCUUUUAUUCAACUCAAGUAUGCCAUGCCUACUACACCUGUGCUUGCUCUACCUGAUUUCACAAAACAAUUUGUCUUAGAAACAGAUGCUUGUGAUUUGGGUAUUGGUGUUUUCCUUAUGCAAGAAAACAUAGCCAUUGCUUUUUAA